CGUCACGGGCCGUGUUUUGUUUUGCUCUGGGGGGCGGGCUCUGCAGACGGCGGAGGCGCAGGACGCGGCAGCUGCUCGGAUCGGGGUUCACUUCGUCAGACUCGGAGAUGCCUUCAGAGAAGACCUUCAAGCAGAGGAGGACAUUGGAACAGAGAGUGGAAGAUGUGAGGCUGAUCAGAGAGCAGCACCCCAACAAGAUCCCGGUGAUUAUCGAGAGGUACAAGGGGGAGAAGCAGCUCCCAGUGCUGGACAAAACCAAAUUCCUCGUCCCGGAUCACGUCAAUAUGAGCGAGCUCAUCAAAAUCAUCCGGCGACGUCUGCAGCUGAACGCCAACCAAGCCUUCUUCCUGCUAGUGAACGGCCACAGUAUGGUGAGCGUAUCCACUCCGAUUUCUGAGGUUUACGAACGGGAAAAGGACGAGGACGGAUUUCUCUACAUGGUCUAUGCAUCACAGGAGACUUUCGGGAUGGAAAACGCAUAAGAACACCGCGCCAUUGCCACAGCAUUGUUUUUAUUUUUGGUUUUAUUUAAAGUGAUUUGUUUUUUCCCUUUGAGUCCUAUGGGAAAACUUUAGCAGACGGCCGGUCUUCUCGGAACGGAUCCGCAUGUAUUCACGCUACCCGUAACUCCUG